AUGGAGAAUGUCGCCGUGCUGAUUGUUGGUGCUGGUCCAGCAGGCCUCGCAACAGCAGCGUGCCUUACCCAAUUCUCCAUUCCUUACGCCAUUGUCGAGCGUGAGGACUGCAUCGCGUCUCUUUGGCGCAAACGCGCAUACGACCGCUUGAAGUUGCAUCUUGCAAAGGAGUUCUGCAAGAGCUUCUCUGGUAAGAGCGUGUUGGUCAUUGGAUCUGGCAACUCUGGGAUGGAAAUCGCUUACGACCUUGCGACCCAUGGUGCCAACACUUCGAUUGUUAUACGAAGCCCGAUUCAUGUAAUGACAAAGGAACUAGUUCGAUUGGGGAUGACACUAGCCCACCAUCUUCCCCUGAAUCUAGUGGAUAACCUCCUUGCUAUGGUGACAAAAUUCAUAUUUGGGGACCUAUCAAGGCAUGGUAUUAGAAUGCCAAAAAUGGGUCCAAUGACCCUCAAAUCAAAAACUGGCCGAUCCGCUGUGAUUGAUGUUGGCACUGUUGGGUUAAUAAAAAGAGGCAUCAUCCAAGUUCAAGGAAGCAUUAGCAAGAUCAUGGACAACAUAGUUAAAUUUCAAUCCGGGGAUGAAAUCCCCUUUGACGCAAUUGUGUUUGCAACUGGAUACAAAAGCACAGCAAAUAUGUGGCUCAAGAAUGGGGAAAGCAUGUUAAAUGACAUUGGACUCCCAACCAAAGAAUAUCCGAAUCAUUGGAAAGGUGAAAAUGGACUUUACUGUGCUGGGUUGGCAAGGAGAGGAUUGGCUGGUAUUGCUGCGGAUGCUAAGAAUAUCGCUGGUGACAUUAAAUCUAUGUUAGGCUCUAUGUGCGGCUAA